UCAACAUGUGGACAUGAUAAAGAAGACAUAUUUUCAGUCUUUAUGAUCAACUGAAGAACUUCCUCGGCCGUGGCUCUGUUGCUUGGCGACGGCUGUAAGGGCGGGACGAGUGUGGCCUGUGAAGGAUGCAGUUGUAGUAGCAGUUAUUGUCACAUUAAGAAAAAUGUUGGUGAUCACUGCUUGAAUCCCAGUAGAAGGAUGGGACCAACAGAGAGGUCCUGAUUUUAUCUGGAGAGGCAGAGCUAUAAAUGUGACGAGAGGACGACGAGAGUUGUUUCUCCUUCUCCUCAUCUUCUUCAGACCUUCCUCCGCAGCUUCGAUCAUUCCAAGACGCUCGGCACCAAAAUGUGCACAAUACAGAAAAAAUUGGAUGGGGCCAUGGACACCAUCAUCGAGGUGUUUCAGAGCUACGCAGGGAAAGGUGGUGACAGGUUCAAGCUGAAUUUCGUGGAGCUGAAGAAUCUGAUACAAACAGAGAUGAACAUUAAGGACAGCUGGGACCUGACCAAGGUGUUGGCCAUCAUGGACGACCUGGACAAGAACAAAGAUGGCAACGUGAGCUUUGAGGAGUUUAUGUGCUUGAUAACUAAGAUAGCUUUGUACAAAAACGCCAUCUUUAAAAACUACACUCCUAUGGAUUUCCAAUGUGGUCAAAUCGGUGUUUGCGGUGUGGGGAAAAUGUGAAUGUCAGCCAAUCACGGCUCAGAGCCUCACAUCUGAAUAUCUGUGAUUUUAGUUCAAACUAUUGUCACAAGAGGAAAUGUCAAUAAAUGACUCUGAAUACUAAA